UCUCUGAUAGCCUCCCCACGUCCCCAUUUCUUUGUGAGUUGUUUUGAGUGUUUGGCCUGCUAAAUGUAGCCUAUUGAUGUAAGCUACAUUCCAUUGACAACAGACACAGAGACACACCCCCCAACAGAUUGGCUUCAGUGGCUGGGAGUGUGAAGUUCAGGUUGGAUCGAAACUACCUAGGUCGACCCCUGAGCCUCCUUGCCUUCCAGUCAAGGAUCCAGUUUGUUUGAAAGACAAGACAGACAGGACACACACACAGGUAUGGACAAGUCCCAUCAAGGUGUGCAGUUGUGAUUCCGAGGGGACACCAUGGACCUGGGGAUAAAGGUUAGCACUCCCAAAGACAUCAUGCUGGAGGAGCUGUCACUGCAAUCCAACAGAGGCUCUCGUCUUUUCAAAAUGCGCCAGCGAAGAUCAGAGAAAUACACGUUUGAAAGUAUCCAAAAUGAGGCAAACGUGCAGCUGAGUAGGGAUCUGCUAGCUGAGAAUGUAGACAGUGCCGAAAACAAAGAGGGAUCAAAAACACUUCCUUACACACCCGCCCCAGGAAACCCUUCAAAUCCAGAAAGCAUUGCACCAGGAUAUGGAGGCCCCUUGAAGGAUGUCCCUGCAGAGACGUUCAACUCUACAGCUAUACCCAAGUCUAUACUCCCUUGGGAGCAAGCUAUCAUUAACGACCCCAACCUGGCCGAGACCCUCAAUAUCAGGAUGCCUGUCCCUGAACCCAGACCAGAGGCUCCUGAAUACAAGAGCUUUAACAGGGUGGCCACACCGUUUGGUGGUUUCGACAAAGCCCCCCAGAGCAGUGGGAUCACGUUCAAGCUCCCCGAGAUCGACCUGAACCUCCCCAACUACUCUGAGCUCCAGGACCCAGGGGUGAAACGGCCCACCUUCAACAGGGUCGCCCAGGGAUGGAUAACCGACGGCAUCCCACUGAUCCUGCCCACCGUGCCUCUGGAACCUAUGCCCAUCCCUGAGUCCGAUGACCUCUAGAUGACCUUUAAAUGACCCAUAAAUACCUGGAAAGACAAGAGAGCACCGGUCCAACAAGAUCCACUGUUGGCACCUCUAACCUUACUGCCUGAUCUGCGAUAUAGGGGUCGGAGCUGAAGCCUAAAUCAUGAUUUUUGAAUAUGUGCAACCGACGACGAACUGAUGGUUUCAAAUAGGGGUUCCCUGCUGUCCUGUUUCAAUUCUGUGCCAUUUGCAUGAGUAAUGAUACUGAUGGUUAGUUUUGCAUUGUGUAUUCAGAGAAUAACAUGUAAAUAAAUAGCACACAUGACAGAAAUGUUAUUGAAAUGUCUAAGAGAAAAAAUAUGAGUAAUACAUUGAAACUCCAAUACAUCUUUUGGCUUAUAUUGGACAUCAGAUAUAAAAGUAUCUUUGUCUUUAAUUAUGUAGACAUGUUGCCUAUUAAUCUUUUAGAAUGGGCUUAUCGAUGUGCAAAUAAAAAUGUAUAUCUCUUUUCAUGACAUUGUAUAAUUAAUUGGCUUUUGUAAAUCAAUGUGUGGUUUGGAUAUGUGGAACAAAUGAACUUGUUAUGUACAGUACUUUGACUUGAAACACAAUUCCUGCAAAUUAAAAGAAAAGUA